AUGCUAAAACUCCUAAAAAAUUUCAGGUUUCUAUCUCUCAGGGAAUUUUUAGCAGCUUAUAAUAUCACAGACCUUCCAGACGUGGUAGAUAGAGUGUACAUAAAAGCAAAUAGGAAGCCUCGGGUUUCUUCGUUUGCAAGUAACCUGAAAGAGAUAGAGUUGAUUUCAAAGGCUAUCAGGGUGCUUCUAUCAAAAGAUCAAGAAAACCAUCUUUGUGCGGGAUAUAAAAAAUGGAAGUUUGGGUCUCUGGAUCCUAGAAUUGUAUGCUAUUCGCCCAGCGUGUCUUCAAAGAUCCUUAGGUCCCAUGAAUGGAGCCGACUGAUGAGGUCUAUUGGGGACGAGCUGGCUCUUUUCAUACUCGUAGAGUGCCUUGUGAUUCAAGCAAUUAAUGGUAACUACAUAUUUCUGGCAGGAAACUUCAGAAGUCUCGGCAGAAUUGCAACAGAAAGAACUACCAAUACCUUGAACAGGAACGUGCUUUUCUGCAAGCAGAUUAGAAGAGUGGACUUCUGCUCGCUGUCUGCUUUUGAGUAUGUAUUUGAGGCCCAUAGCUCAGAAAAAUACAAGACUAUACAGAAGGAUACCAAAAAUAUAUUGGAAGGUAUAGAAAGGAGAUGGAAGAACUUACCUGUUCAUUCUGUGUUCAGAUCCUUCUUCAAGGACGAGCUGGUUCUGGAGGGUAGGAAUAGCAUUCUAGAGUGCUGCGUUAAGCAGCCGAAGCUUGUAAACUUCUUAUUCCUUAUUUCGAGGAAGCUGUUUAAAGAUGUUUUUGACUCCCAUGGAUUCAAAAUACUGAAGUCCAGGCUGUCUCUUUUGAUCCAUAGAAACCGCUACGAAACGGUCAACAAGAAUGAGUUAAUGAAAUAUUUUAGAAUUUCUGGGUUCAAGUUCUUCAGAACAGCCCGGUGUACAAGAAACGAGUUUGUCUUCAGGUUUAAGAUAUCCUCAAGGUUUCUGGUCUACAUCAUGGAAAAGCUAAUCAUACCAAUCAUUUCCAAGUAUUUCUAUUCCACAGAGACCUCAUUCUCAAAGUUCAAGGUAUACUAUUUCCCAAGGCCUAUAUGGCAACACUUUUCUGAUAUCUACAUUGAUAUGUUUUUAAAGAAGUUUGAGGAAGUAGAAAAGAACAAAGCCUGUCCAUAUUCAGAACUAAGAUGUAUUCCAAAGAUGAACGGUGCUAGGAUUAUUUCAAACAUGUCCAAAGCUAGAGGAGGUAGGCCAUCAAUCAACAGGACUAUCUAUCCUGAAUUCUGCAUUUUAAGACACGAGACCCAUCGAAUGCUUGGGAACUCGAUACUAAACCAUUCUGGAAUGUAUGAAAGACUCAUUCCCUACCUGUCUAGAUCUGUAAAGCCCUUGUAUAUCCUAAAGGUCGAUCUUUCAGGGUGUUUCGACAACAUUCCUCAGGACAAUGUCGUGAAUCUUGUCAAAAAGCUUCUGAGCAAAAGUAGAUAUUGCACAAGAAGCUUCUCCAUAUUGGAAGAAUCAAACGGGGAAUUAAAGAACAGAUAUGUUUGUAGAACAGGAAAGGUUGGAGAGACUAUUGAAGGAUUAUUGAUGGAGCUAUGCGGUCUUAAGAAUAAAAUUAUAAAGGAAAAUGCUAACCAGAGAAUCUUGGACAAAGAGGAGGUUGAGAAUGCCAUAGUAGGUAUUGUUAAGAGGAACUGUGUGAAACACAAUGGAAAGUUCUUUAUACAAAAAACCGGGAUUGCCCAAGGGUCUGUGACAUCUACGCUCCUGUGUAGCUUAUACUACAAAAGUAUUGACGACCUUUACUUUGAUAAGAUCUUUAAAGAAGGGAUUCUCACAAGAUACAUAGACGAUUUCCUUGUAAUCUCUCCGUCCAUAGAUGAAAUACUGAAGUUUCUAGAAAUCUCCCAGACUAUCUCACAUCUAGGAAUCAACUUCAGUAAGGAAAAGAUGGAAUCAAACUUUGGGCUGGAUGAAUACUUGAGCAAGGUGUCCAAUAUUUCCGAGCUUUCUGAGUACAAGGAUAGCAUGAAGAUAACAGACAAACCCGUUACAUGGUGUGGAACAAAGAUACUUCCUGGCGGAUAUUCAAUCAAAUCAUGUACUAUGAAUCCAUACCUUCCUUUUUCUGCCGCCCAUAGUUCAAUAAAGCCUGGAAGAGCCUUAGAAUGUAGGAUGAGGAAAGUAUUGCAAAACAGAAUGUCCAGAGUCUACAUAGAUCCAAGCAACAAAAAGGCAUAUGAGAACAUAUAUGAUGCAUUUCUGUUCUACGGGAAGAAGAUGGGCCUUCUUCUCAAAAGAAUGGACUUUAUCAAUCGUUCUUUUGCCGAAAGGGUCCUUGAAUAUUCAAAACGCUUUACCCUUAGGGUCUGCCGGGAGCGCGGAAUUUCGAUAACUAAAAAGAAGGUAGAAGAUAUAGCAUCAAAGGCUUUUGAACGAAGCGGAAUCAGCAAAACAAUAUCAGCUUAA